AUGAGCGACCGCGAUCCUCCAACCCAAGAACCGGAUCCGGCAAGGGCCCCCGGCGUUGCGCAGGGUGGGACCAGUAUGCCUCUCGCUCCAUAUACUGCACUGCAACAUGACAUUGGUCAGGCCUACUCGAAGUAUGUCGCAUAUUCCCAGGUGAUUGCUAAUGGUGGCUAUCUGGCACCUCAAAUUGGCAACUUGAUUUUCUACAACGAAGUAGAAAAGACAGCUGCUAGAAUCUUUGGCCAGGCACCCCCACGAAUGGUUGAAUACAACGCCUAUAGACCCAUUGUCUGGACCGACGUUCUUCUUCAAUCGCUUACGGCUGAUGAUUUCGACCGGCAAGAAAGUGGCAUGUACUGGUGCCGCGUCUGGGGAACUUUGAUCGAGGUCUCCGAGGCGAACUACAUUGCCAUUCUCUCUGAUAUCCCGCAACAACUUUUGCAGCCAUUCCGGAACUUGUCGGACGGGCAGAAGGAAGCUCGAGUCCGGUUCUUGCUACGCUCCUACCUACGUGAGACAUACAAUAAUCUCUUCCAGUUCUCUGUCGCAAUUGGGGCAUCUAUACGCGCGUUGGAUGGACCCCAUCCUAUUCAGGCGUCUGUCUACCAUACAACCCCCGUCUACACUGGACCAAAUCAAACUGAACCGCCUAACCCAAAUUCCGCUCAACGUCCGAAUUCCGCUAAAUCGGUGGUCAUCAUUUCCGACGCAGAAGGCGGCAGGGAUGAACACACUCAAGACAACAUCAAUGUGCAAGCAUCCGAAUGGGGUUUGUUGGGUGAUUCAACCAGCGAUGAGGAUCAUGUCCCAUCAGCUCACGCUCUUGCAUCCAACUCUACUGGUUCAGAGAGCACCACAGAUUACCAUUCCUCUUCAUCUGAGAAUCGUCCAAGAAACACGCGCAUUACAAGUGAUGAUGACGCCUCAAUUGAUGUUGUCCGAGGAAAUCCCGGUAAUCCAGUGAACGACGACAAUGCUCAUACUGGGUUCGUUACAUACCGCCUCUUUCUGGGCAAUUCUCAAGCGAGCAGCCACAAUGCCAAUGCCGGGUUGGUUGACAACAACAUUCCUUCCGCCAUGAACAACCACAUGGUCGGAACUGUGGAUGCCAAUGGCAAUAUCCAAGAAAAUUCCCAUGCCAACGACAAUCCCCGGCCAUCUGGCCUCACUUCUGGUGUCACUUCACGCUCAAUUUACCCGUGGUUGAUGAACAUCGAGACACCUGUUAGUGAAGACUUUUAUGCUCAAUCGUCUGACACCGACACCUCCCAUGAGGUCAAAGUUGAGCCGGCAUCCUCUGAUGAGGGACCUUAUGGUGUGGAACCCUACGAUGAGGAAUCUGAUGAGGAGGAAUCUGAUGACGAGAAACGCGGUGAUGAGGAGCCUCAUGAUGAGGCAUCCCCUUCGACCGAUACCACCACAGAAGGCCAUGGAAUGAGAACCCAUGGUUCAAAGAGACCCCAGACUGAGACCCCUCCCAGCGAAUGUGAGAUCAAGCCACGGACCUGCGUGAGAUACUCUCAAUUGGAGGAGGCUGAGGGGCCAGAAUUUGUGCGGUGUCUGGUGAGCAAAGGAUCUACUUGCGCCGAAAUCGAAGAAGAAUACUCCGAGAAGUUCGGUUUGUUCCGGUCUGCGGCUGGUCUCUUCAAGAAAUUCGCGAUCAAAGGUACUUGGUCGAUUUUGAAACAUCACGAACAGGCUAAGCGCCAGAAGACUAUGCCAGCAUAG